AACACCUCAAAGAUCUAUAAAGAGGCCCAUGAAUGAAGAGACUUGACAAGCCGAUUACUGAGCUACCUCUCUCAGACCAUUCCUGAUAACCCAGGAGCAACAAUCAUGACCAAUCAUCAAACCUCACGCCCCAAGACCAUGCGCGCCGUGGUCUGGGAAGGCAAACCCUAUGAGAUGGCUGUCAAAGCGGACAUCCCACUCCCGCAUCUCAAGGAGCCCGAAGACGCCAUUGUCCGCAUCACCACGUCUGCUAUCUGCGGCACUGACCUCCACAUCUACCAUGGCAUCAUGUCCAGUGCUGAAGUGCCUUACCCAGUUGGCCACGAGGCCAUGGGAAUCGUCGAGGAAGUAGGCGAUGCGGUCGACAAUCUGCAAGUCGGUGACCGCGUUGUCGUCUUUGGCCUUCCCGAAGACGGCGUCAUCGACACUGACAACCAGAUCUUCCCUCAGCUCGAUGGCUUCGGCCUCGGUAAAGAUUUUGGCGAUCUGGGUGGUCUUCAAGCCGAGUACGUCCGCGUGCCCUUCGCAGACAGCUCCCUCAUCAAGAUUCCUAAGAAGCUCUCCGACAAGGAGUGGCUCUUCCUCAGCGACAUCUUCCCCACCGCAUGGGAAGGACUGAGCUGGUCGGGCUUCCAGCCAGGCGACUCGGUGGCCGUCUUUGGUGGCGGUCCCGUCGGCCUGCUCUGCGCCUAUAGCGCCAUCAUUCGCGGUGCUAGCUUAGUCUACGUCGUAGACCACAUUCCACAGCGCCUAGCCAAAGCUGCCAGCAUCGGUGCCGUUCCCAUCAAUUUUACCAAGGGCGGUGCCUCGGCCUCGGAGCAGAUCUUGGCCCUCCGUCCCGGCGGCGUGAACCGUAGCGUCGACUGCUGCGGUCAGGAAUGCGUUAAUGCCGAGCUGAAGCCGCAGCAAGAUUAUAUCCUGCGUGAGGCCAUCGCCGUCACCGCUGUUGGCGGCGGGAUCGGGAUACCGGGCGUCUACUGGGCCCAGGAGAAGAGCGCGGGCGCUCCCAAUGCAGAGAAGAUGAAGAAGAGUCUCAGCCUGCCAAUCAGUGACUUCUGGAUCAAGGCGCUAACGAUGAAGAGCGGUAUUGUGCAGGGGCAACCAACGUUCGCUGCGCUGGUGAAGCUGGUUGAGAGCGGACAGGCUAGGCCUGGUUUCAUUGCUACGGCAGAGUAUGACCUCGAUGACGCUCCCAAGGCGUAUAAGAGGUUUGAUAAGAGGCUUGAAGUCAAAGUAUUGUUCCGCGGCGCUGGCAAGGAGGGAAGGGACGACUAUGAAUGGGAUGAGGAGGUGGAGUCGAAGAACCAGAGGCAGGAGAGAGCCGGAAGUCGGUAAGCAGCAAAAUGCCCCAUCCGAUUGUUGUGUUCAGCCUAAUUAGAAUACAGAUCAUCCGGGAGGGCCAAGAGGGCAAGACUUCACUGAAAACGAUCCUCUUCGGUAAAGCCCGGUGGGAACCAUUCGAGAAGAGCAUCAGAAGUCCAUGACUUUCACAAGUAUCUAAUGAAUUUGUUUAUGGAAAUGACAUGCUUUGACUUACUUCAAUUGCUGUCUCCGAGGCAUUCCCUCACUAUAGCACCUUAAUCGCGUCUUGAACACCCAACUAAGAAUUUGAGAACCACAGAGCACACGCAAGAGUCAAAAAUAUUUAUCUUU